UGUAUCGUACACGAGAAUGAAAACUUUAAACGAAACUCCUAUCUAAUCUAAACUAAUUUUUCCGCGUAUGAAAGCACCAACGUUUUUUCACGGACGAGAGAUAACAAUCGUGAAACGGUACUGACUGAGCCGGAUCAGCAGUCAAAUGCCGCGACAAGACGAGGAAACAGUGCAGCUGAGCUAUGACAUUUCAAGCAAGUGAGCACCAGCACGUGCGUUACAACCCACUGCGAGACGAGUGGGUUCUUGUAUCGCCUCAUCGUAUGAAACGGCCGUGGAGCGGACAAGUUGAAAAACCAGCCGAAGAUAUCCUACCCUCUCAUGACCCCCAAAAUCCUUUAUGUCCUAGGGUUACGAGACCAAAUGGACAGGUAAAUCCGGAUUAUGAGUCUACGUUUGUCUUCACAAAUGAUUUUCCUGCUCUACUGGAAGACGUUCCUGAGCCUCCAGCAAGCGAAGAUCCACUCUUCCAAGCGGCUCCAGCAAAAGGGUGUUGCAAGGUCAUGUGCUUCCAUCCACGGUCUGAUUUGACGCUGCCUCUCAUGACUCAAAGCGAGGUUCGCAAUGUUGUUGACAGAUGGAUUUCAGAAAUGGAAGUUUUGGGCCCGAAAUUCAAUUGGGUUCAAAUUUUUGAAAAUAAGGGAGCAAUGAUGGGGUGCUCGAAUCCUCACCCGCAUUGUCAGAUUUGGGCGUCAUCAUUUAUCCCAAAUGAAGCUCGAAUCAAGCAUGAAAAGCAGAAGCAGUAUUUUGAACAGCAUGGCCGUCCGAUGCUCAUGGAUUACGUCCACAAGGAACUCGAAAAACAGGAGCGCAUUGUAUGCAGCAACGACUCGUGGCUGGUACUGGUGCCGUACUGGGCAGUGUGGCCGUACGAGACUAUGGUGCUACCAAAGGAGCACGUAAGGCGGUUCACAGAUCUCACUCCCGAGCAGCGCGACUCUCUCGCCGACAUUAUACGUCAAAUCACGACGAGAUACGACAAUCUUUUCUCAUGCUCCUUCCCGUACUCCAUGGGGUGGCAUGGCGCACCAACUGGAGAUCAUCUGCAAGACCCCAACGAACAUUGGACGUUUCACGGAAUGUUCCUGCCGCCUCUGCUGAGAUCUGCAACAGUGAAGAAGCACAUGGUGGGCUACGAACUGCUUGCCCAGGCGCAGCGAGAUCUCACUGCGGAGCAGGCUGCUCAGAAACUCAGGGAUCUUCCUUCGGUGCACUACAAACAAGCAUGAUUUUUUAAUCCUCCUGUUGCUGCUCGCCGCCAACCUGAUAUGCCUGCGUACUUUUAAUUUCACAUGGUUGAUUAAAUUAGAUUCAUUAUCAGUGAGUACUUCGCUCGUCUAGGUUAAAUAAAUUUACGCUGUUUUCAUAAUAGCACAUCUCACGGUUGCUUGGGCAAAAUUAUCAUUUACGCAAAAUUAACAUUAUUACCUGUAUUUAUAAAAUGUUUUAGCUUAUUUGUACUGCUGAUACUUCUUGUAUUUCUUGCAGCGUUCUUAAUUCACUCAAUUGAAGCAUGGGAUGCGGUAUAACUAGACUUGGUGUUAUGAUUUACAAUAUCAGUGUCAUGUCAAUUGAUUUAUAAUAAUAAAUAUGGAUUCAUUUAAUAAUAACGUGAUUCCGCUUCUGAAUUGAUUUCACGCGCUAUGUUUAGACUUUCAUAAAGAGGUUGUCUUCGUUUGUUACAAAGAUACAAAUGUUAUUCUAGUCAUAAUAGUUAUUUUCAAGCAUAUUCUUGAACUUUAACCUGAUUUAUGUACAUAAACGAGUUGAAUUAUC